AUGGUUCAUGUUGAUCAGUCACUCAACAGUCCUCCAGACUUCCAUCAGUACCUGCUUACCAUUGAGCUGAACUCCACAGAUGUUACAGUUGUAGAAAAGCUGAGGAACAUCAACAACACCAUCAGCAUGAACAGGAACUUACGAAUCUCUGAUGUUAACAUUACUACAGUCUGCUCUCCAAUCAGUGGUGAUUACCAGUGCAGAUGUGAGGAUCAAUAUCGUUUUCCAUGUGACCAGUGUGUAACAUAUGGAUCAUGUGACAACAUCACUGGUGACACAUGUGGAUGCAUCAGUGGCAUUCCUGCUGGUGGACAGUACUGCCAGGCUGAGGAUCAAUACAACUUUACUGCAUGUCCAAUCACAACAACAACUCCACAACCAACAAGUCCACCAGUCUUCCAUCAGUACCUGCUUACCAUUGAGCUGAACUCCACAGAUGUUACAGUUGUAGAAAAGCUGAGGAACAUCAGCAACACCAUCAGCAUGGACAGGAACUUACAAAUCUCUGAUGUUAACAUUACUACAGUCUGCUCUCCAAUCAGUGGUGAUUACCAGUGCAGAUGUGAGGAUCAGUAUCGUUUUCCAUGUGACCAGUGUGUAACAUAUGGACCAUGUGACAACAUCACUGGUGACACAUGUGGAUGCAUCAGUGGCAUUCCUGCUGGUGGACAGUACUGCCAGGCUGAGGAUCAAUACAACUUUACUGCAUGUCCAAUCACCACAACAACUCCACAACCAACAAGUCCUCCAGUCUUCCAUCAGUACCUGCUUUCCAUUGAGCUGAACUCCACAGAUGUUACAGUUGUAGAAAAGCUGAGGAACAUCAACAACACCAUCAGCAUGAACAGGAAAUUACGAAUCUCUGAUGUUAACAUUACUACAGUCUGCUCUCCAAUCAGUGGUGAUUACCAGUGCAGAUGUGAGGAUCAAUAUCGUUUUCCAUGUGACCAGUGUGUAACAUAUGGAUCAUGUGACAACAUCACUGGUGACACAUGUGGAUGCAUCAGUGGCAUUCCUGCUGGUGGACAGUACUGCCAGGCUGAGGAUCAAUACAACUUUACUGCAUGUCCAAUCACAACAACUCCACAACCAACAAGUCCUCCAGUCUUCCAUCAGUACCUGCUUUCCAUUGAGCUGAACUCCACAGAUGUUACAGUUGUAGAAAAGCUGAGGAACAUCAACAACACCAUCAGCAUGAACAGGAACUUACAAAUCUCUGAUGUUAACAUUACUACAGUCUGCUCUCCAAUCAGUGGUGAUUACCAGUGCAGAUGUGAGGAUCAAUAUCGUUUUCCAUGUGACCAGUGUGUAACAUAUGGACCAUGUGACAACAUCACUGGUGACACAUGUGGAUGCAUCAGUGGCAUUCCUGCUGGUGGACAGUACUGCCAGGCUGAGGAUCAAUACAACUUUACUGCAUGUCCAAUCACAACAACUCCACAACCAACAAGUCCACCAGUCUUCCAUCAGUACCUGCUUACCAUUGAGCUGAACUCCACAGAUGUUACAGUUGUAGAAAAGCUGAGGAACAUCAACAACACCAUCAGCAUGAACAGGAACUUACGAAUCUCUGAUGUUAACAUUACUACAGUCUGCUCUCCAAUCAGUGGUGAUUACCAGUGCAGAUGUGAGGAUCAAUAUCGUUUUCCAUGUGGCCAGUGUGUAACAUAUGGAUCAUGUGACAACAUCACUGGUGACACAUGUGGAUGCAUCAGUGGCAUUCCUGCUGGUGGACAGUACUGCCAGGCUGAGGAUCAAUACAACUUUACUGCAUGUCCAAUCACCACAACAACUCCACAACCAACAAUCUUCCAUCAGUACCUGCUUUCCAUUGAGCUGAACUCCACAGAUGUUACAGUUGUAGAAAAGCUGAGGAACAUCAACAACACCAUCAGCAUGAACAGGAACUUGCGGAUCUCUGAUGUUAACAUUACUACAGUCUGCUCUCCAAUCAGUGGUGAUUACCAGUGCAGAUGUGAGGAUCAAUAUCGCUUUCCAUGUGACCAGUGUGUAACAUAUGGAUCAUGUGACAACAUCACUGGUGACACAUGUGGAUGCAUCAGUGGCAUUCCUGCUGGUGGACAGUACUGCCAGGCUGAGGAUCAAUACAACUUUACUGCAUGUCCAAUCACAACAACUCCACAACCAACAAGUCCACCAGUCUUCCAUCAGUACCUGCUUUCCAUUGAGCUGAACUCCACAGAUGUUACAGUUGUAGAAAAGCUGAGGAACAUCAACAACACCAUCAGCAUGAACAGGAACUUGCGAAUCUCUGAUGUUAACAUUACUACAGUCUGCUCUCCAAUCAGUGGUGAUUACCAGUGCAGAUGUGAGGAUCAGUAUCGUUUUCCAUGUGACCAGUGUGUAACAUAUGGAUCAUGUGACAACAUCACUGGUGACACAUGUGGAUGCAUCAGUGGCAUUCCUGCUGGUGGACAGUACUGCCAGGCUGAGGAUCAAUACAACUUUACUGCAUGUCCAAUCACAACAACUCCACAACCAACAAGUCCACCAGUCUUCCAUCAGUACCUGCUUUCCAUUGAGCUGAACUCCACAGAUGUUACAGUUGUAGAAAAGCUGAGGAACAUCAACAACACCAUCAGCAUGAACAGGAACUUACGAAUCUCUGAUGUUAACAUUACUACAGUCUGCUCUCCAAUCAGUGGUGAUUACCAGUGCAGAUGUGAGGAUCAAUAUCGUUUUCCAUGUGACCAGUGUGUAACAUAUGGACCAUGUGACAACAUCACUGGUGACACAUGUGGAUGCAUCAGUGGCAUUCCUGCUGGUGGACAGUACUGCCAGGCUGAGGAUCAAUACAACUUUACUGCAUGUCCAAUCACAACAACUCCACAACCAACAAGUCCACCAGUCUUCCAUCAGUACCUGCUUUCCAUUGAGCUGAACUCCACAGAUGUUACAGUUGUAGAAAAGCUGAGGAACAUCAACAACACCAUCAGCAUGAACAGGAACUUACGAAUCUCUGAUGUUAACAUUACUACAGUCUGCUCUCCAAUCAGUGGUGAUUACCAGUGCAGAUGUGAGGAUCAGUAUCGUUUUCCAUGUGACCAGUGUGUAACAUAUGGAUCAUGUGACAACAUCACUGGUGACACAUGUGGAUGCAUCAGUGGCAUUCCUGGUGAUGGACAGUACUGCCAGGCUGAGAAUCAAUACAACUUUACAUCAUGUCCUGCUACAACACGCACUCCAGAGCUGCUGGUCCAAACUGAAUAUGUGAUCAAUCUGGAGCUGAAUCUAACCGACAUCGCAACAGUGGACUUCCUUAGACGCCUCCUGAGCAAUGGCAGCAAUUUUCUAACCCUGAGUCCAACAGUGAAUGUCACACAGCUUGACCUCUCCACAGUCUGCUCUCCAAUCAGUGGUGAUUACCAGUGCAGAUGUGAGGAUCAAUAUCGUUUUCCAUGUGACCAGUGUGUAACAUAUGGAUCAUGUGACAACAUCACUGGUGACACAUGUGGAUGCAUCAGUGGCAUUCCUGCUGGUGGACAGUACUGCCAGGCUGAGGAUCAAUACAACUUUACAUCAUGUCCUGCUACUACACUUGCCCCAUCUCCUCCGCCUGUCUAUGAAUAUGUGAUAUCUAUCGAGCUGAAGGCAGCAGAUGAUGAAGUUGUAGCAGAGCUGAGAAACAUCAGCUAUCCAGUCAGCAUCAACAGCAACAUACACAUCUCUGAUGUUAACAUCUCUACAGUCUGCUCUCCAAUCAGUGGUGAUUACCAGUGCAGAUGUGAGGAUCAAUAUCGUUGGCCAUGUGACCAGUGUGUAACAUAUGGAUCAUGUGACAACAUCACUGGUGACACAUGUGGAUGCAUCAGUGGCAUUCCUGCUGGUGGACAGUACUGCCAGGCUGAGGAUCAAUACAACUUUACAUCAUGUCCUGCUACUACACUUGCCCCAUCUCCUCCACCUGUCUAUGAAUAUGUGAUAUCUAUCGAGCUGAAGGCAGCAGAUGAUGAAGUUGUAGCAGAGCUGAGAAACAUCAGCUAUCCAGUCAGCAUCAACAGCAACAUACAGAUCUCUGAUGUUAACAUCUCUACAGUCUGCUCUCCAAUCAGUGGUGAUUACCAGUGCAGAUGUGAGGAUCAAUAUCGUUUUCCAUGUGACCAGUGUGUAACAUAUGGAUCAUGUGACAACAUCACUGGUGACACAUGUGGAUGCAUCAGUGGCAUUCCUGCUGGUGGACAGUACUGCCAGGCUGAGGAUCAAUACAACUUUACUGCAUGUCCAAUCACAACAACUCCACAACCAACAAAUCCACCAGUCUUCCAUCAGUACCUGCUUUCCAUUGAGCUGAACUCCACAGAUGUUACAGUUGUAGAAAAGCUGAGGAACAUCAACAACACCAUCAGCAUGGACAGGAACUUACGAAUCUCUGAUGUUAACAUUACUACAGUCUGCUCUCCAAUCAGUGGUGAUUACCAGUGCAGAUGUGAGGAUCAGUAUCGCUUUCCAUGUGACCAGUGUGUAACAUAUGGAUCAUGUGACAACAUCACUGGUGACACAUGUGGAUGCAUCAGUGGCAUUCCUGCUGGUGGACAGUACUGCCAGGCUGAGCAUCAAUACAACUUUACUGCAUGUCCAAUCACAACAACUCCACAACCAACAAGUCCACCAGUCUUCCAUCAGUACCUGCUUUCCAUUGAGCUGAACUCCACAGAUGUUACAGUUGUAGAAAAGCUGAGGAACAUCAACACCACCAUCAGCAUGGACAGGAACUUACGAAUCUCUGAUGUUAACAUUACUACAGUCUGCUCUCCAAUCAGUGGUGAUUACCAGUGCAGAUGUGAGGAUCAGUAUCGCUUUCCAUGUGACCAGUGUGUAACAUAUGGAUCAUGUGACAACAUCACUGGUGACACAUGUGGAUGCAUCAGUGGCAUUCCUGCUGGUGGACAGUACUGCCAGGCUGAGGAUCAAUACAAUUUUACUGCAUGUCCAAUCACCACAACUCCACAACCAACAAGUCCUCCAGUCUUCCAUCAGUACCUGCUUUCCAUUGAGCUGAACUCCACAGAUGUUACAGUUGUAGAAAAGCUGAGGAACAUCAACAACACCAUCAGCAUGAACAGGAACUUACGAAUCUCUGAUGUUAACAUUACUACAGUCUGCUCUCCAAUCAGUGGUGAUUACCAGUGCAGAUGUGAGGAUCAGUAUCGUUUUCCAUGUGACCAGUGUGUAACAUAUGGAUCAUGUGACAACAUCACUGGUGACACAUGUGGAUGCAUCAGUGGCAUUCCUGCUGGUGGACAGUACUGCCAGGCUGAGGAUCAAUACAACUUUACUGCAUGUCCAAUCACAACAACUCCACAACCAACAAGUCCACCAGUCUUCCAUCAGUACCUGCUUUCCAUUGAGCUGAACUCCACAGAUGUUACAGUUGUAGAAAAGCUGAGGAACAUCAACAACACCAUCAGCAUGAACAGGAACUUACGAAUCUCUGAUGUUAACAUUACUACAGUCUGCUCUCCAAUCAGUGGUGAUUACCAGUGCAGAUGUGAGGAUCAGUAUCGUUUUCCAUGUGACCAGUGUGUAACAUAUGGAUCAUGUGACAACAUCACUGGUGACACAUGUGGAUGCAUCAGUGGCAUUCCUGCUGGUGGACAGUACUGCCAGGCUGAGGAUCAAUACAACUUUACUGCAUGUCCAAUCACAACAACUCCACAACCAACAAGUCCACCAGUCUUCCAUCAGUACCUGCUUUCCAUUGAGCUGAACUCCACAGAUGUUACAGUUGUAGAAAAGCUGAGGAACAUCAACACCACCAUCAGCAUGGACAGGAACUUACGAAUCUCUGAUGUUAACAUUACUACAGUCUGCUCUCCAAUCAGUGGUGAUUACCACUGCAGAUGUGAGGAUCAGUAUCGCUUUCCAUGUGACCAGUGUGUAACAUAUGGAUCAUGUGACAACAUCACUGGUGACACAUGUGGAUGCAUCAGUGGCAUUCCUGCUGGUGGACAGUACUGCCAGGCUGAGCAUCAAUACAACUUUACUGCAUGUCCAAUCACAACAACUCCACAACCAACAAGUCCACCAGUCUUCCAUCAGUACCUGCUUUCCAUUGAGCUGAACUCCACAGAUGUUACAGUUGUAGAAAAGCUGAGGAACAUCAACAACACCAUCAGCAUGAACAGGAACUUACGAAUCUCUGAUGUUAACAUUACUACAGUCUGCUCUCCAAUCAGUGGUGAUUACCAGUGCAGAUGUGAGGAUCAGUAUCGUUUUCCAUGUGACCAGUGUGUAACAUAUGGAUCAUGUGACAACAUCACUGGUGACACAUGUGGAUGCAUCAGUGGCAUUCCUGCUGGUGGACAGUACUGCCAGGCUGAGGAUCAAUACAAUUUUACUGCAUGUCCAAUCACCACAACUCCACAACCAACAAGUCCUCCAGUCUUCCAUCAGUACCUGCUUUCCAUUGAGCUGAACUCCACAGAUGUUACAGUUGUAGAAAAGCUGAGGAACAUCAACAACACCAUCAGCAUGAACAGGAACUUACGAAUCUCUGAUGUUAACAUUACUACAGUCUGCUCUCCAAUCAGUGGUGAUUACCAGUGCAGAUGUGAGGAUCAGUAUCGUUUUCCAUGUGACCAGUGUGUAACAUAUGGAUCAUGUGACAACAUCACUGGUGACACAUGUGGAUGCAUCAGUGGCAUUCCUGCUGGUGGACAGUACUGCCAGGCUGAGGAUCAAUACAACUUUACUGCAUGUCCAAUCACAACAACUCCACAACCAACAAGUCCACCAGUCUUCCAUCAGUACCUGCUUUCCAUUGAGCUGAACUCCACAGAUGUUACAGUUGUAGAAAAGCUGAGGAACAUCAACAACACCAUCAGCAUGAACAGGAACUUACGAAUCUCUGAUGUUAACAUUACUACAGUCUGCUCUCCAAUCAGUGGUGAUUACCAGUGCAGAUGUGAGGAUCAGUAUCGUUUUCCAUGUGACCAGUGUGUAACAUAUGGAUCAUGUGACAACAUCACUGGUGACACAUGUGGAUGCAUCAGUGGCAUUCCUGCUGGUGGACAGUACUGCCAGGCUGAGGAUCAAUACAAUUUUACUGCAUGUCCAAUCACCACAACUCCACAACCAACAAGUCCUCCAGUCUUCCAUCAGUACCUGCUUUCCAUUGAGCUGAACUCCACAGAUGUUACAGUUGUAGAAAAGCUGAGGAACAUCAACAACACCAUCAGCAUGAACAGGAACUUACGAAUCUCUGAUGUUAACAUUACUACAGUCUGCUCUCCAAUCAGUGGUGAUUACCAGUGCAGAUGUGAGGAUCAGUAUCGUUUUCCAUGUGACCAGUGUGUAACAUAUGGAUCAUGUGACAACAUCACUGGUGACACAUGUGGAUGCAUCAGUGGCAUUCCUGCUGGUGGACAGUACUGCCAGGCUGAGGAUCAAUACAACUUUACUGCAUGUCCAAUCACAACAACUCCACAACCAACAAGUCCACCAGUCUUCCAUCAGUACCUGCUUUCCAUUGAGCUGAACUCCACAGAUGUUACAGUUGUAGAAAAGCUGAGGAACAUCAACAACACCAUCAGCAUGGACAGGAACCUACGAAUCUCUGAUGUUAACAUUACUACAGUCUGCUCUCCAAUCAGUGGUGAUUACCAGUGCAUAUGUGAGGAUCAGUAUCGUUUUCCAUGUGACCAGUGUGUAACAUAUGGAUCAUGUGACAACAUCACUGGUGACACAUGUGGAUGCAUCAGUGGCAUUCCUGCUGGUGGACAGUACUGCCAGGCUGAGGAUCAAUACAACUUUACUGCAUGUCCAAUCACAACAACUCCACAACCAACAAGUCCACCAGUCUUCCAUCAGUACCUGCUUUCCAUUGAGCUGAACUCCACAGAUGUUACAGUUGUAGAAAGGCUGAGGAACAUCAACAACACCAUCAGCAUGAACAGGAACUUACGAAUCUCUGAUGUUAACAUUACUACAGUCUGCUCUCCAAUCAGUGGUGAUUACCAGUGCAGAUGUGAAGAUCAGUAUCGUUUUCCAUGUGACCAGUGUGUAACAUAUGGAUCAUGUGACAACAUCACUGGUGACACAUGUGGAUGCAUCAGUGGCAUUCCUACUGGUGGACAGUACUGCCAGGCUGAGGAUCAAUACAACUUUACAGCAUGCCCUCGAACAUCAACGACGGUGAUACCAACAACUGACACAACCUCACCAGAGAUCCGUCAAUACCUGCUUUCCUUUGAGCUGAAAACCACAGACGUUAGAGCUGUAGAAGAGCUGAGAAACAUCACCUCCCCUAUCGGCUUCAGUAGCCAUCUACUGAUCUCUGUUAUUAACAUCUCUACAGUGUGCUCCCCCUAUAAUACCAGCUACCAGUGCAGAUGUGAGGCUCAGUAUGGCUGGCCUUGUGACAUGUGCUCCACUUAUGGCCAAUGCAACAAUGUUCAAGGCAGUACCUGUGGAUGCAUCAAUGCACUUCUUCCAAAUAAUACUUAUUGCCAGCCACUGUCAGAUCUUGAUUCCUGCCCGACACAAUCACCAACAACAGAGAUGAUGAAUACUACCACACCUGGAACAACAGUCAUGAAUAUAACAACACCCGGAACAACAGUCAUGAAUACUACAACACCUGGAACAACAGUCUUGAAUAUAACAACACCCGGAACAACAGUCAUGAAUACUACAACACCUGGAACAACAGUCAUGAAUACUACAACACCUGGACCUACAGUCAUGAAUACUACAACAGCUGGAACUACAGUGGUAGAUACUACAACACCUGGAACAACAGUCAUGAAUAUAACAACACCUGGAACAACAGUCAUGAAUACUACAACACCUGGAACUACAGUGGUAGAUACUACAAUACCUGGACCAACAGUCAUGAAUACUACAACAGCUGGAACUACAGUGGUAGAUACUACAACACCCGGAACAACAGUCAUGAAUACUACAACACCUGGAACAACAGUCAUGAAUACUACAACACCUGGAACUACAGUGGUAGAUACUACAACACCUGGAACAACAGUCAUGAAUACUACAACACCUGGAACUACAGUCAUGAAUACUACAACACCUGGAACUACAGUGGUAGAUACUACAACACCUGGAACAACAGUGGUAGAUACUACAACACCCGGAACAACAGUCAUGAAUACUACAACACCUGGAACAACAGUCAUGAAUACUACAACACCUGGAACUACAGUGGUAGAUACUACAACACCUGGAACAACAGUGUGUUAG